GAAUGAACUGAGCAGCUACAUUAUGAUAUCAGUUCUUCGUGCAAAGUUUCCCACACCUUUUGACAUACUGCGCCAUUGCCAGUGCUAGUGAUCACGAAGAACUCUUUCCAAUCCAAUCUCUUGUAGCAUGGGCGAUAUCGAUGAUGACCGAAUGUCUACAUUUUCCUACGACGGAGACGGCGAACCGGAUUCCUUUAACCUCGCUGAAUUGCAGUCAGUCGUUGAUCUUUAUUUCUUGACGAGCUGCAAGCUGGAGAAACUGGCUGAAGGAGGUUAUCACAAGAUAUAUGAUAUCUUGCGUUCGGAUGGCGCUCCUCUUGAUGCUGUCGUUCGAGUGGCUUCUCCUGCGUUUCCAAAAGACAAACUUGAGUCGGAGGUCGCGACGUGCAAGAUGAUCGCUGCGUUCACAAAUAUACCUGUUCCGCGAAUCCAUGCAUGGAACUCUGAUGCGUCGAAUCCUGUUGGAGCGGAAUACAUGAUCUUGGAUAAAAUUAAAGGGUCCCCUGCUAGCCAUAGCUGGGGGAAUCUCUCCGAAGAAAUCAAGAAGACUGUGGUGUUGCAGGUCGCACGCUAUUUCUUGGAGAUAUUCGCUCUUCGAUUUGAAAGCGCAGGAUCUCUCUACUUGAGCCCUUCUUCACCUCAAUUCUUCGUUGGACCAAUAAUCAGCACACCAUUCUACCGUGCUCUCGAUGGCGUUGUUCGAGUUCCCGAAGCGCCCAUCUCAAAAAACGUCGAUCCUAACAGAGGUCCUUUCUCUACCGUAACUGAAUAUCUUUCGAGCAAUCUACGAGCAGAACUGGAAUUUAUUUCCAAUCACCGUUCGGUCGUUCUCUCGGAGCUUCACGAAUGCGACCCUACUGAGUCAGCAGAGAGCCGACUUGAACUCGGGGAGCGCAUGAUCAGAAAAGCUAUUGAGCUGUGCUCCGUCUAUCCGGGUGAUAUGUUGAUACCUCCCAACAUCACCACUCCACAAAAACCAUUCUCCUUGAAGCUGGACGACUUCCGUUUAUCAAAUGUUAUGAUCGAUACUGAUUCAGGUCGAGUGACUGGCUUCAUCGACUUUGAAGCAGCCACCAUUGCGCCUCUAUGGGAAUGCGCAGUGAUCCCACGAUGGCUUCAAGAUGCGGAUGACCCAGAAUCCAGUUACGAAGGCGGAACCAGUGAAGAAAGAAACGUUUUGCGUGCUGUGUUUCUUUCGACAAUGGAAGGGUCUGCCCGAUACCCGGAGUGGAGAGAGGCGUAUAACAUGGGUCGUCCUUUCCGUCGGCUUACAGACCUGUUGUGCUUCCAGGUAAACGUUUGGGCUUCUGACGACCGUGAGAUCUGGGUGGAUGAACGUCGUGAAUGGGCCAAAACCCACCCCGGAAUAGGGUUGCUUGAAAACAGACUUGAACUACAAUGACACCCCGUAACACCUCAAUAUGAAUACUUGAGCUCAACCAUUGAUAAUACUAGAGCUGCGACUGUACUAUUUCCGGCAUCAAGGAGACAAUUACACAGAAUAAGAUGCAUAAGGCGCACAUGUACAUGUCAGUUGAUGGAGGAGUUGGGUACUACUAGAUAAUCCCGGACUAUUGGAGCAAUCUUGUCAGAAAUGCCGUUCAGAAUAGCUAUCGUCUCAUCCUGAUAAAAGAAAUGUUAGUCAUAGAUGAUAAGCAAAACAGUGGACUUGGACUCUUACCCAUACAGUGUCCUGCAUUUUA